UGUUACUGUAUCUCCAUCUUUCCCACCACCAUCCUCAUCACCAUCCCCAUCGCCAUCCUCAUCACCAUCCCCAUCGUCAUCCCCAUUACCAUCCCUAUCUGCUUUUCAUCUUGCUUACACCAUGACUCUGGUAACAAUCAACAACUUUGUCAACAACGAGUACGUCCCUCCCACCCAGGGCAAGUACUUUGACACCUUCGAUCCGGCACGCGGUGUUCCCCACGGCAAAGUGCCUGAUUCGUCCAAAGAAGACGUCGAGCUCGCCUACAAGGCUGCUUCAGCCGCCUUCCCCAGCUGGUCCAAGACUAGUCGCCCAGACCGCGCCAAGGUCCUUUACAAGAUUGCAGACCUGAUUGAAGCACGCCUAGAAGAGUUUGCCCUGGCAGAAUCCACGGACCAGGGCAAGCCUGUUGAGCUGGCCAAGACCGUCGAUAUCCCCCGUGCUGCCUACAAUUUCAGGUUCUUUGCCGGCCGGAUCUUACAUAGCGUGGACGAAGCCGCUGAUCUCGUCAAUAUCGGAUUCAGCUACUCACAGCGUAUGCCAAUUGGCGUUGCUGGCUUGAUCUCCCCUUGGAAUCUGCCACUUUAUCUCUUGACAUGGAAGAUUGCCCCAUGUAUCGCAUGCGGAAACACCGCCGUAUGCAAACCGUCCGAGUUCACAUCUUUGACGGCAUUCAUGCUGUGCUCGGUGCUCAAGGAAGCCGGUCUACCUGCCGGAGUCGUAAACAUGGUCUUCGGAACGGGCAUGGGCGCCGGGCAGGCGAUCGUCGAGCACCCGCGCAUUCCUGUGAUUUCCUUCACCGGCGGUACGGUUACUGGUGCCAAGAUUAUCGCCAAUUCUGCCAAACUCUUCAAAAAGUUGUCGCUCGAGCUCGGAGGCAAGAACGCCAACAUCAUAUUUGCGGAUUGCGACUUUGAUCUGGCACUUAAAACAAGCCUGCGGUCAAGUUUCUCCAACCAAGGCGAGAUCUGCCUCUGCGGUUCGCGCCUCUAUAUCGAAAGGCCCAUUUACGAGAAGUUUGUGAGUGCGCUUGUUCGGGGGGCCAAGGCUCUCAAGAUCGGCGAUCCAAGGCAGAAGGAGACGAAUUUGGGGGCAUUGGUCUCCAAGGAACACUGGGAGAAGGUCAUGAGCUAUAUCGACUUGGGACAGAAGGAAGGCGGCAAGAUUGAGUGCGGAGGACAGAAACCGGCUUUACUCCCAAACGAGUUCAAGGACGGCUACUUUUUGGAACCCACCAUCAUCUCUGGGCUAACACCUUCCAGCAGGACCAUGCGCGAAGAGAUUUUUGGCCCUGUUAUCACAGUCUAUGCUUUUGACACUGAGGAGGAGGUUGUCCAGCUUGCAAAUGAUUCUGAUUACGGUCUCGCGUGUUCUGUUUGGACAGAAAACGGUCGCCGUGCCCGCAGAGUUGCGUCAGAGAUUCAGGCAGGGACUGUGUGGGUCAACACUUGGAUGGCACGCGAUCUACGCAUGCCAUUUGGAGGCAUGAAGCAGAGCGGGCUGGGACGUGAAGGCGGCGACCACUCUCUUGACUUUUAUUCAGAGCUCAAGACCAUCUGCCUUGGUGAGUGAACGUUGCGGGACAACGAUUGCUACCAGGAAUACCCAUGCAAUUGACAUGUCUCUUCAGCUCUCCUGAAACGCGCGUUUUCUUGAAGCGUAUAUAGCUUAUUUGAGUUUACUGUACGGCAAUAAAGCAAAAUAGACGAGAA